AUGGCCAACGACAUGACUCUGUCAGUUCAGGGCCUUGAAAUGAAAAGCUUGCCGGGAAAUUCCAGUCACACCUUUCCUCCUUCCAUCAGUCCCUACCUCUUGCAUCACCUGCCUCCUCAUCAAAACCACCAAAGUCCCCACAAAACAGACCCGAUCACCCACCACCCUUCGGCGUCGAUCUACCACCCCAUGCCGCACCAAACUCCUGUCCUCGAUGACGUCUAUACCCAGUCCAUGAUGCCCCUCCCUUCUGCCGGCCAGUCGCGUCAGCAACUGUCCGACGAAGUGAUAGAGUUCGCCUGGCCGAGCUAUCCGAUAUCGCGAGGUCGACUGUUGCCA